GAAUUUCGAGGAUUAUUAGAAAUAGGAGUCCCAAGAAAAUCAACGGCCUGCAUAGAUUAUACUGAUUCUGGACAAAGAAAGACAAGAACAUAAACCAUUUUCUUCUUUAAUUUCUCCAUUUUUAUAUUCCAACAACACCGCCUUUAUUCCAUGCCCUACUUUAAAAGUCUUAUGGCUCUUCUUGGAACCCUGUUUAUCCUUGUCCACCUUUUAUAAUAGACUAUCCUCUUAUCUCUCAUAAUUGCUAUCUUUUUGACAUAGAAAGAGAAGCUACACAUCAAACUUCUAAGCUCAAAAUUAAGAAACAUUAAGGAAAAGGGAAGGGAAGAGAAGGUAUGGGGAGGGCUCCUUGCUGCGACAAAGCCAACGUGAAGAAAGGCCCAUGGUCACCUGAAGAAGAUGCAAAGCUCAAGGCGUACAUAGAGAAACAUGGCACUGGUGGUAACUGGAUUGCUUUACCUCAGAAAAUUGGCCUUAAAAGAUGUGGCAAGAGCUGCCGUCUUAGAUGGUUAAACUAUCUUCGCCCAAAUAUUAAGCAUGGAGGCUUCUCUGAGGAAGAAGAUGACAUAAUUUGCAGCCUCUAUAUUAGUAUUGGGAGCAGGUGGUCUAUAAUUGCAGCACAAUUGCCAGGGAGAACAGAUAAUGACAUAAAGAACUACUGGAACACCAGACUGAAAAAGAAGCUUCUUGGUAAGCAAAGAAAAGAGCAACAGGCUCGGAGGGGUAGUGGCGGCCUAAAGCAAGCGCUGAAGAGAGGAAAUGCUAAUCCUAUUGUUUCAGAUGAUUAUAACAAUAAUCAAAACACUUACUGGCCUGGGCUGCCUUUACUGGCUCCCACACCCUUCUCCAACCAAGAACCACGCUUUAAUGACCAUGCUUCUAUUAGGAAACUGCUUAUCAAGCUUGGAGGAAGAUUUUCUGAAGAUGAUCAACUCAUCCGCAAUGCAACGAGUCCUAAUAAUCAAUUCCCAAAUGACAUAUCCUACACUCAGCAACUUUAUGAUCAGCCUAUCAAUAAUGUAUCCUCUUCUGCUUCAGUAUAUAUCUCAAAUGACACUGCUGUUCAAUUUGCUCAAGCACAGUACAACAUGGAUGGGACUGGACUGCAGAUGAUUCAAGGAGAAAGAAAUUUCCCUGUGGGGAUUGAGGAAAUGGCAUGCAACAAUCAACAAAGAUUGGAUGGGCUAGAGUUUCUGCUCAGCGAAGAUAUGUUAAAUGGUAGAACUGGGACUACUUCUGGUGAAAGCAUAGUUGGCUCCUUGGGUGAGAUAAGCUCUCUGAUGUGUCCUCCUAUGGCUCCACACUGUGAAGGCAUACAGCAAGGGUUGCUGCAAGAAUGUCCUCUUGAGGAGUUGAGGUACCCUGGACCUCUAUAAUGUGUUGUAUGUUGAUGGUAUAUAUAAUAUACAUAGAUUCGUAGCCAUAGGGAAGCUGAUGUUGGAAUCUCAGAGGAAACCCUAAUUAAUAAGCUCAUCGUGUGAUAUGUUUGCUAUCCCUAUUGACAGAAAGUAUAAUAUAUAAGUUUAUUGUUGGGUGUCAUGAGCUCUCUUUUAAUGUAUUUCAGACUUGAGUUAUUUUAGGCGCAAAUUUCAUCAAUCAAUUCGGAGCUUCUAGACUGAGGAAAUGUUAAUUUGAAUGUGUAAUUUCCCUGA